CCUAAAUUGUUCCUGUCACUCAUGUCACAGAAAGUUCAUUUCGUUCAUUUCAACUUAAACUCUUUAUUGUGAUGGGUGAAAAAUGGGAAGUUUUUGCUAUUUCGAACUCGUUUUCCAGUUGAUGCCCCUUACAAUGUUCCGUAAAGUAGCCCCUACAUUAUGGGUGGCUGCAUAGGAAUUUCUCGAAGUCACAGUGGGGCUGUGGGAAAUAGUAGUGGAACAGUUACAAGGCCUGCAUCAGGUAAUCAGCACAAUAAAACGUAUCGCUUAGCGCACGAGAUUAUCAGAUGGAAAUCGGAUGUGCCUCUUACAGAAGGGCAACUCCGAUCAAAAAGAGAUGAAUUUUGGGACACCGCCCCCGCUUUUGAGGGUCGAAAAGAAAUUUGGGACGCUCUAAGAGCUGCAGCAGUUGCAGCAGAACAACGGGAUUACGAAAUGGCACAAGCAAUUCUUGAUGGGGCUGGUGUCUUUGUACCGAAUGGAUACAUUACAGACUGUUAUGAUCAAUUAGGGCACAGGUAUCAGGUGCCGAUUUACUGCCUUUCCUACCCUAUUAACAUAGUGAAAGAGGAUGGUCGUGAUUCUCCAGCGAUUGAGUCCGAACCUGUCGAGGAUGGCACUGAAACUGUUUUAAAAUUGCGGCUUAGUCACAAUUGUAGUGAUAUAAAGCUGUCCGUGUACUCUAGGGAUAGCAUCGGUGCUUGUAAGAAGAAAUUGCAGAGUCAAGAAGGUAUAGAAUCGUCCCGACAGCGGUGGUUUUACGGUGGAAAACUUCUAGGAGAUAAAUUGCAUGUAGAGGAGGCCAAGAUUCCCCCUGGUUAUAUCGUACAAGUGAUAGUUAACUUGGAGAAUCUAAGCAACUCACCUACACCCAGUAAGAAGCCCUUAUGAUCGACUGAGCCAGUGUACAUACGCUAGUUUUAAAUUAUUUCAAAAAACAAUACAUACAAAAGGGACUGACCAAUAAAUUGGAGGUUGUGAUGAAUAGCUGCAGAGUCCCAAAAUACUAAGGACCAUAUCAAACCGCUAGAUAAUAAUAGAUGCUAAAUGAGAGAUUGCUAUAUUAAAGUAUUUAUAAUGAAUAUAUAGUUUGGUUAACACUUGA